AUGGCAAAGGCUGUCAGCACAUCUGCUGCCCUCAACGACAGACAUGAGCUUGACCAUUCUGCACCCCCUGUGAUCCGGUGUGGUGUGGAGCUCAUGCGCUCCCCAUCUGUGUGUGGUGUGGUGCGUUUCGCAGCUCCAGACCUGUCUCUGCCCUCCGUGAUGGGCAGCGUGGCGGAGCGACGGGGACGCCCGCGGUGGUGGCGAGGGAACAGUGACCGCCACGGCCGUGGUCAAGGCCUCGGGACCCAAGCCCUGCUUAGCCCCACGCGCAGCGCGGCGGAGGCAGGGGCCACUGACAGCACGCGCUACUCUCCUGUUUCACUGGAACUGGACCCGGUGAAUAAUGGAUCAGGCAUUCCCGACAGGGAGCAGAGUGACACAAAGGAGCGAGCCUUGCAGAUCGACAGCCAGCCCGCCUGCAGCCAGCCCGGCGAGCCGCGAGGGGUCUGCUCACCCAAACACUUCCCCAGCCCCUACCUCACUAAGACUAGCAUGCAGGGGGAUGUCUACAACUUCCUAGAAAGACCUGUUGGAUUGAGAUGUUUCCUCUACCACUUCCUUGUGUUCCUAAUGGUCCUAGUGUGUCUCAUCUUCAGUGUGCUAUCCACCAUAGAGCAGUAUGCAGAAUUUGCCACUGGAACACUUUUUUGGAUGGAAAUUGUUCUGGUGGUGUUCUUUGGCACGGAGUACGUGGUGCGGCUAUGGUCCGCGGGCUGCAGGAGCAAGUAUGUGGGCAUCAAAGGACGACUGCGCUUCAUCAGGAAGCCCAUCUCCAUCAUAGAUUUGAUUGUUGUGAUCGCCUCAGUCAUUGUGCUGAGUGUGGGCUCAAAUGGACAAGUAUUCGCCACGUCAGCCAUCAGGGGGAUACGCUUCCUGCAGAUCUUGCGGAUGCUGCAUGUCGAUCGCCAGGGAGGCACAUGGAGGCUUCUGGGCUCCGUAGUCUUCAUUCAUCGACAGGAGCUGAUAACAACCCUGUAUAUUGGCUUUUUGGGCCUGAUCUUCUCUUCGUACUUUGUGUACCUGGCAGAGAAAGAUGCCGUGGAUGAGGAGGGAAGGACUGGCUUUUCAAGCUACGCUGAUGCCUUGUGGUGGGGCGUGGUGACGGUGACCACGAUAGGCUACGGAGACAAAGUUCCUCAGACGUGGAUUGGGAAGGCCAUUGCCUCCUGCUUCAGCGUCUUUGCCAUCUCCUUCUUUGCCCUUCCUGCUGGGAUCCUUGGCUCAGGCUUUGCUCUGAAGGUGCAGCAGAAGCAGAGACAGAAGCACUUCAGCCGCCAGAUUCCAGCUGCUGCCUCCCUCAUCCAGACACUAUGGCGGUGCUACGCUGCAGAGAAACAAGGAGGUUGUCCAGCUACAUGGAAGAUGUACGUGCUGACUGCCGACUACGUGCCCCCCGCAAACUCCGAAACCUCCAGCCCAGGAAACUUCAGAAAGCUGAGUAAACGCUACAAAAGGAAGCUGAGAUCUCGUGAUAAUGGCUCCUUCAGCUCAGCAGGAGACAAGCCCUUGUCCAUUCCACAGAUCACGUAUGACCACAUCGAUGACAAAGACGAGAAGAAAGAAAUGCCCUUCUUCCUUGAAGAGCCCACCGGCAUCACCAGGAUGUUCAAGCAGACAGACCCACACCACUCCUGGUCCUCUUUCACCCUGAGCUGUCCUGCCUCUCCAGUGAAGAAAAAACUGGACGGAGCUGGGGGAGGCAUCACGCGAGCGAAUAGCCUCGUGGACGACAUUGACUUUGUCAGUGAGGACAUCUCUUUGCCUGCAGUCCCUGACCCAGCUCAUCUGAUGACAAGGCCAUUGGUGGCAAAGGUCCAGGACUCAAUCUCCACACAACACUUGAACACAAGAAGACUGACCCACGCUCACAAAUCAGCCAUCAAAGUCAUCCGGCGGAUGCAGUAUUUUGUGGCUCGGCGGAAAUUUCAGCAAGCGCGGAAGCCGUACGACGUGCGGGACGUGAUCGAGCAGUAUUCCCAAGGCCACCUGAACAUGAUGGUGCGCAUCAAGGAGCUCCAGAGGAGAUUGGAUCACACGCUGGGGAAGCCAGGAAUGUUUCUGCCAGAGAAAGGCGUAGACAAAGAGCAUCACACCGUUGGAGCCAGACUGAUCAGGCUGGAGGAUAAGGUGCUGGACAUGAACCAGAAGAUGGAGGACAUCCUGAAGAUCCUGGUGGAGCACUUCAAGCCCAAGCCUGAGCUCCUGCAGAAGCCGGCACACCACAGCUCCCGCGUCACCGUCAUGAAGCACAUGGGCGUCAGCAUGGACGAGGGCCACUGACCACCCCACCCUGGACAAAACACCAUCACCCGCACCGGAGAUGACCACCCCACCCUGGACAAAACACCAUCACCCGCACCGGAGAUGACCACCCCACCCUGGACAAAACACCAUCACCCGCACCGGAGAUGAAUGUGACGGCCACAGCAGAUUGUGGGAGGAGUAGCUGGAGGAGGGAGGGACCUCCAAAACCUCGAGUCUUCACCCCCCCCACAC